AUCUUGUGCCCUGACAUGUUGCACAAGACAAUGCUCUUGCAGCUUUGAAAUGUGCACUGGUCUGCUUUCCCUUUGCUUUUCCUAGAUUCCUCCAAUAGUUGCAAUCCUCCUCGAGAGAUGCUCAGUUUGCAGCUCCCCCAGUUUUCAUGUCAUCCUGACUUUCCCGUUGCUUUCCUGUCUUUCCUUCACUACGUAUUUCAUGCUUCAGUCAGUCUUCCUCCAAGCAUUAGGUUUCUGCUUAGCUAGGUCUCAGGCCAGCUGUUUAGUCCAGCCAAGGUCCCACUUUCCAGGUGUAACCUAUCUGAGGAAAUUCUGCCCUUCUAGUCCAGUUUAACAUAAUGGUAGAGACACCUGUGUGAUACCAAGUAAGUCAGGAGAUGGCUUUGAAUAAGUGGCACAGGCAGAUAUGGUUGGAGUGGCUGGCAAACUAGCAUGGCUAGUUCAAAUCAAAGGGAGCAGUGGAAAAGGCAUUUCACUUCUGUUUGCUUCCUCAAAAGGACUACAGGGAAGUGGCAUGGAAAGCAGCAAGGUAGCAGGAGGUGAUGGGAAAUCUAAGAGCUUUGUGGAUUUAGGGAGCGCCAGUGCAAACAUCCUGGCAUCUGCUGUGUCAGGUCCUGGUGCUGGGGAAGUCACUGCGCAGUGGCAGCCCACAGGUUUAGGCCUUGGCUAAAAAUAAGCCUCAAUGUGCCCAUGGGAAGGGUCCAGGGAGCAGAGGUUCACCUCUGGAGUGAGCUGGUGGUGUGGAAGUGUUUGGUGCGAGGCUGACAAGCACAGCAGGUCACACAGCUGAGGAGAACGUAGUGAGAGUUGUGCUUCUCCCCAGCCACAGGAGAGAAGGCUCUGUCCUGGGUAUUGCGGCCGUGAGGGAAAGAAAGAGAAAGGCAUCGGUGAAGAAUUAUCCCCAUCACCACCCACUCUUCCAGUUAGCUUUAUUUCCAGCAUUUUAAUGGCACCUGGCUGAUUUAAAAUCUGUCCAAGGUGUUUAAGGCAAAUUUACUGGGAGCCAUUCGCUGCGUAGCAAAACACAGUGUUCAUCUCUUUUGUGUGUGUGUGAAAAGGUCACUUCUCUCCAUGUGCAGAGAUCAGCUUUUUCUUUCAGAUGAAUCAUUUUAAGGCCAAAUAGUGUAGAAAAGCAAUGGAGCUGCUGGAGCUUGCCAGUGUGGCUGCUCUACAGUUAAUAGAGGUGACUUGGCUAUCCACUGCUCUUAGCAUGUUGUUUCCUGACAGGUGCGAGGAAGCUGAGGUCUGUGUUCAGCUACUCAGGUGCCAGAGUGCAUAAGCUCCUCUGCAUCUUGAAAAAAGGGCUUGAAAUGACACUGACACAGGCAGCUGCUUCACUCAGAGCUCUUAAGCAAAUCACAUAAAAUCAGAUUUCAAGGUGUGGCCAGUGGUUACUGAAGUCAUUUCAGAGGGAAAAGCCAAGCAGUGGUAUACAGCAGUGUAUUCCUCACACACAAACUCAUGUCUGUACAGAAGUCCCUGGGCUUGUUUGGCUUGCAGGUAUGUUUUUGUCUUGAUGGAUGUCACCCAAAGGACAGAGGAAGUGCUGCUCCUUUCAGUGAGCUCCUGAUAGAGCACUGCUAGAAACACCAGCUGCUCAGAAGCUAUUGAUCUAUGAUUAUGGAAAAUUGGUGACACCUAAAAAAGCAGCUCAGUGGUGCAGUACACAGAGAUUCAUCUCUUCUGAGUAAAUGAAGAAAGUGACUAUGAAGGCACAGCAUCUGCCUUCUGUUUUCAUCAAUGAAGAGAAGUUUGUAACCAGAGAGCAGCUCAGUUCUCUUCUGAAGAAUUACAACUCUUACUAUUCAGAUCAAGAGAAUCUGCAACUGACAUAUAAUCAGCGAGAAGGCAGCACCCCAUUCAUUGAAGGAAUCCUCUCAAUAUUCUGGGGCGUGCGACAUCCUAUCCGAUUAAAGAUCCAGGAUGAGAAGCAGAUACCCUCUUUUGUGACCCUGAAGUCAGCAGAGAAUGUGGGGGUUUUCCCUAGUGAAAGGGGAAUGACUCGCUGGGGAGAGUUUGAUGACCUCCAUCACAUCAGCGGGGAUACACUGAAAUCUCCUGAGGAACAGCCAGACCUCGAGCAAAGUUAUCCAUGCUAUGAAAGUCACACGCUCAGGUGCAGGAGGGAGCAGGAGCUUGAGUGUGCCACCCUGCCCCGGACCAGCAGCGACGCCACGGCCGCGCGCAGGAGGACCAAGCUCCCCACCACAACCAGGACAGAAGUAGAAACUCACAGGUUCUCUAUCAAUGGCCACUUCUACAACCACGAGACAUCAGUGUUCACUCCGGCUUUUGGGUCCGAAACCAAAAUAAGAAUCAACAGCCAGAUGAGGACCAGACAAGUGAUAGAACAGUUGCUUCGGAAGUUUAAGAUAGAAAACAGCCCCCAUGAAUUUGCACUUUACGUUAUCCAUGCAUCUGGAGAAAAGAAGCAGCUGAGGAGUAGAGAUGUUCCCUUGCUGCACAGGCUGCUGCAGGGGCCCUCUGAGAAGGUUGCCAGGUUCUUUCUCAUGGAUGGGGACGUGGAAGAGAUCAGCAGUGAUGUUGCUCAGUACAUUUCAUUUCAUCUUCCCUUUUUGGAAUCCAUUCUGCACAGAAUAAAUGAAGAGGAGGAGCAGGAGAUUCAACAGACAACUGCAAGGUACAUAAGAGAGAAGAGGCUGAUACUGCAGCACCUUCGCAGUCGAAGUGUGAAGAAAACAGAGACCACGGUGUGAUGGGCCAGCCCCGGGAGUACUGGGAACACUGGGAAUGCUGGGGCUGCUGGAGGGCAGCCCUUGCUGCCUUCCGGGGCUGGUGGAGUGCCCAGUGGGAGAAGUCUCUCCUCACCUUUAACUCCUGCAGCGCUGGGGUGCAGGCUGGAAGCAGCCACGGAGAUGCACUACAUCAGAUGCUGGAUCUGACUUGGAACAUGGGCAAAACCUCCCCUGAAGAGCCCAAGGCUUUAAAUCCUGCUGAUGUGUGACCUGGCACCAAGAGGCUGGCGUAGAAAAAUACUGCAAUAACCAAUGUGCUGGUAGAAAAUAUGCAAACUAGGAAUGUGGUUAUCCCUCUGUUAAAGAAAUAUUGUAUUAUAUUAGCAGAAAGCUUUUCAGUAGGGCCAAGUGGCAGAAGAUAUUUAUGUAUUUAAGACUGCAGGUAGAAUUUCCAUUUAAGUUAUGAAAUAAUCUAUGCAAGAUGCCUGAAAUCCACUGGCUUCAGGCUGGUGGGUGCUGAAACUGCUUGAGCUUUGAGCUGCUGUUAGGAAAACAUAACUGGAAACUCUCCCCCUUAGGAGCUGCUCAGCUCUUAGCAAUGACAGGGAAUUUAUUGCCGAAAUACCUCGUGAACUGCAAAGUAAGAACUGACUGAACACUGUUGGCUCCUGAAAGGCACCUCGGUGGUUUCUGUAGUUGGAACCAGAGGCUGUGUUCCUGCCUGUGUGCUCUGUUUGGCAGGGCAUUGAGGGUGCUCAGUGAGAGGCUGUGUUACAGCCACGCAGGGCUGCAGUUUGCCCCCAGCCCCACGCAGGGCACGGCUCCCAGGUCCCUCCUGGCCGAGCUGUGCUCGGUGUUAGAGCUCCAGCUGCAGAGAUGUCAGUAAAAUAAACCUGUGCACAGCUGCUUGUCCUCCUGGGCAGCUGGUUGUUUUGGCUGGUGUCUGCGCCUUCCCUCAGCUGCCUUUGUCUCAUGCAGGUGACAGGGAGGAAAGGCAUGUGCAGAACGUGGUGCCCAGAGAUUGGGUGGAGUAAAUCAAAUUGGAAAACUUCACACUGCUGGCGUGUGAAUUCAGAAAGUGGAGGUCAAGGUGCUGGUAUUGAAGCUGCUCAGGUUGCAGCAAGUGCCUUAUUUCAAAGUACAGUUUAUUGUCCUGCCCAGGAAAAUGGUUAGGGACAAGGGAGCACAGAGGGCAGAAAUAAAAACAAUUCACAGCCAAGAGGCAGGAAUUAAACAGGCCGUUUCUGUCACCAUCUGAUGUUCAAGACUUGAAUCCCCUUCAGUUCUCUUGUCUUGCUGAGUUGGGACUGUCACUUCUGUGGGACAGCCCUGGGACAGCACACAGGGCUGGUGCUGCUGGCCAGGACUACAGGGAGUGAAACGAAGCUGUGACUCCUGUGGGCUUGGUUCUUUCUGAGGGCUGUGCUGUCUAAAUGAGCUGUUCCUGACAAAUACAGGCAAGAGCAGGGCAAGAAUUUCUUCCAAGGUAUUCUGGUUUGGACACGAAGCCAUUACCCACAGAAACAGUGAUUACAGUCUGUAUCUUACCUGAAUGUGUACAUUGAGCUCAUUUGCACUUACACUUCAUACGCUUAGGAUUUAAAAUGCCUUUCUUUGUUUUGUUCUGUGACUGUUUGGGACAAUACAGUAACAUUUCACACCAGAAGAUGGUGGCCACAGCCAAACCCUGAAUUUCCAUCACUUGGCUUAUUGUUUCGGUGGAAUUCCUCGCAGGGAUUCAGCCUCCCUCUGAACCAAAUGUGGCUUUUUGCCACUUGGUUUGCUGUAAAUGCUCCCCGUGCUGUUUGUGUCACUUGUCCAGCGCGGACAUGAACCCAUGCAGCUCCUUCUGCCCACAGCAUUUUCUCACUCCUUUUGAUGAGUUCCGGACCCUGGAAAAAGGAAAACCCCUGGGAUCAGUGGUGCCAGGAGGGUGACUGACGUGUCUGUGACCUGUUCAGUGAGCUGGCAGCAGUGGGGCCUGUCCUCUGACCUCGGCACAGCACCACACCGUGUGCAGGGCACAGACACAUCUGUCACUGCAAAUGCACGUUUGGUUUUGCUGUUCAGCUGAGCUGGCCUUAGACUUGGUCAGAAAAAUACUGAAAUGCAGUUCUGGUAGGAAGAACCAGAAUAAUCCUUUGGGAAUGUGCUGUUCACAUCCAGGGGUGAAAAAAAAUAUUAAUAAAAGAGAAUUCCUUCUGUUGUCACAUUUCAAGCCAA